CGCACUGAAAGAAGUCAUCUUCAGUCCAAAACUCCGCCGGAAGAUCCCGUACCUCGUACGGUACAGGCACACGGGGAGGCUCGAAAGCUUCCACAACAACACGCUCGUCUACACCCCGAAGCAAGUGUUUUUCUGGCCGGCCAUGUUCACGGCCAGGAAGCACAUGGCCGUCAUCGACUAUGACGCCAACAUGGACCGUCAAAUCCUGAAGGGAGACGACGGCAACGACCGGUGCGUGUCGGUGUACAGCCGGGCCCAGAGCCGGUUUGUCCUCCGCCCGCAACGACAGGCGAAGACCUUCAGCUACGUGGCAGAGCUGCUCACAGCCAUGCUGGAGCGUCGGAGAGCAGUCGAUGUCGCAACCCCCGACCGAUGUCAGCGAGUGACCCGCGGAUCAUUCACCCUUACGUUAACCGCGGCUCUCGCCCAACACCAGAGGAGGUACGGGAGCUCCAGGUGCAGCGAGAGGCACACAGGCGCUUCCCGUGAGUGGCCGGCCCAUCUGUGGCACGGCUGAACUCUGUACGGGACGGGAGACCUGCAUGAGAGUUCGUGGCAAGGCUAUAGAACUCCAGGUAAGGACACCAGCCGUUUGACCUUGAACGCCGCCGGCCGGCCGAUGACGUCAUUGGAGGCAAGCCGGCUCGG